GCACGUAAUUGAUACAUGGAACCCACAUAACAGAAAACUCAUGGAUCAUUCUACUAAACACACCCAUCAAUAUAAAAUCAUAUUCCUAUCAUCACUAAAAUACACAAUAACUAGUAGUCUUCGGAAAGACGAGGCACCCACUAACACUCGACCCCGAAAAAAUACGAGCAGAAAACUUAAUAACCUAUAAGUACUUAUAUAUUUCCAUCUAUGUACAAUAUUGAUACAAAAAAAAUGGAUCAUCAAACAACUCAAAAGCCGAAAACAAAGAAGAAGAGCAAAGGCACCAAGAAGACCAAGUUCGUGGGAGUUAGGCAAAGGCCUUCAGGAGAAUGGGUGGCAGAGAUCAAAAACACGACUCAACAGAUACGUAUGUGGCUUGGAACCUUUGAGACCGCAGAAGAAGCUGCUCGAGCCUACGACGAAGCUGCUUGUCUCCUACGUGGCUCCAACACUCGCACCAAUUUCGCAAACCAUUUCCCAAACAACUCACAUCUGUCUUUGAAGAUCAGAAACCUCCUUCACCAGAAGCAGAGCAUGAAACAACAACAGCAACAGCUACAACAAAACAAACCCCUCUCUUCAUUUGCGGAACACAACAUCAAUUACAAUUCGCCUGCUACUAGUCCCACCGCCACCACCACCACCACAACCACACUGAUGCCACUCAAUAAUGUGUACUUCCCUAUCUCAUCAGCCAUAUUACAACCAGAAGCCGACAGUGUCCAGCUUCCUUACUCUUGGCCACUUGUCUCUGAACUUAACCAUCAGGUUCCUUUGACUCAGGGAGUGACAGAAGCACAUGUACAUCUCAACAGUUAUAACUUAACCGAUCAACAUUUGGGUCUAGCUGAAAUCGAAAGACAGAUCUCUGCAUCCCUAUAUGCAAUGCAUGGAGCUACCACUUACUACAACAACAUGAAUGCAGAGUAUCCAAUAUUCGAUCCAACCGAUCUCAUUUGGGAUCUGCCUUCACUCUCUCAGCUCUUCUGCCCUACAUUGAUCUCUUCUUACAUUUCCUUUUCACUUCAGUGAAUGUAAAAAUAGAACACAUCUCUACAAGUCCUAUUGUAAUUAAAGAGAAAAAAAUGGACAAUGUAAGAAGAUGGCACAACAAAAGCUUUUGAUAAUGUACUCUGGAACUCUCAGUGGUCACUUUACCAAUGAAUUGAACCAAAAUAAAAA